GGACUUCAGCAUGAGUUCAACAACACCAUCUUCUGGCUGUCAGUAGGUGGUGCACCUUCUUUAAAACCAGGCCCAUUCAGUGUUUUAACCUGCCUUCCUGCGGGCUGAGGCGAUCCAGACAGCGGCCUCCUGUGCGGGAUCCGGCCCCAUGGAGACCCCCAGAGACCCGAUGGAGCGUCCGUCCAGGAAGCGGCAGGACUCCUUUGGGAUGCUGGACAGCCUGGAGGAGGACCGCAGCAGCUGCAGCUCAGACUCCAGCGCCGGCAGCGCCGCGUCCAGCCCAGAGGACAGCGAGGACGAAGACUUCGGCGUGGGCGGGGUCGGCCAUCAACUGACCACCUCUUCGUCCUCCUCCUCCUCCCUGAUGCUCAUUAAGACCAAUGGACAGGUGUACACCUACCCCGACGGCAAGGCGGGCAUGGCCACCUGUGAGAUGUGCGGUAUGGUCGGGGUCCGGGACGCUUUCUACAGUAAAACCAAGCGUUUCUGCAGCGUCUCCUGCUCCAGGAGCUUCUCCUCCAACUCCAAGAAGGCCAGCAUCCUGGCCAGGCUGCAGGGGAAGCCGCCCACCAAGAAGGCCAAAGUUCUGCAGAAACAGCCUCUGAUGACCAAACUGGCUGCGUACGCCCAGCACCAGUCCAGCCAGCAGGGCGGCGCCAGAAAGAGCGUCUCUGUGGACGUGUUUGACUGGGGGCGUUACCUUGGAGACGGAGAAGUGACGGGAGCGCCAGUCAGCUGCUUCAAACACGUUCUGAUGGGGAAGUCAUGGGGAAGUGUCAGUGAAGGAGUCCGGGUCGAGGUCCCGAACACCGACAGUGGUCUGCCCAUGAAGGUUUACUGGAUCGCCAGCAUCAUCAAGCUAGCCGGUUUUAAGGCCCUGCUGCGCUACGAGGGUUUCGACAGCGACUCCACCAGGGACUUCUGGCUGAAUCUGUGCGUGCCGGACAUCCACCAGGUGGGCUGGUGCGCGGCUGGAGGGAAACCUCUGGUUCCUCCUCAGACCAUCCUGCACAGGUUCACCAACUGGAAGACUUUCCUCGUUAAGAGACUGACCGGGUCCAAAACUCUGCCGCCAGACUUCUCAUCGAAGGUGAAGGAGAGCAUGCAGUUCCCCUUCAAGAAGCAGAUGAGGGUGGAGGUGGUGGAUAAGACCCACCUGUGUCGGACUCGGGUGGCUCUGGUGGAGCAGGUGAUCGGCGGGCGGCUGCGCCUCAUCUACGAGGAAUGCGACGACGGGACGGACGACUUCUGGUGCCACAUGUACAGCCCGCUGAUCCACAGCAUCGGCUGGUCCCGCUCCAUCGGACACCGCUUCAAACGAUCAGACGGGACGAGGAAGCUGGACGGACAGAUGGACGCUCCUGGACAGCUGUUUGCCAAGGUGAAGGAGGUGGAUCAGACCGGACUCUGGUUCCAGGACGGGAUGAAGCUGGAGGCCAUCGACCCGCUGAACCUGUCUGCCAUCUGCGUGGCCACAGUGAGGAAGGUUCUGGCAGACGGAUACCUGAUGAUCGGCAUCGACGGCUCGGAAGCAGCCGAUGGCUCCGACUGGUUCUGUUAUCACUCCACGUCUCCGUCCAUCUUCCCCGCAGGGUUCUGUGAGAUCAAUAACAUCGAGCUGACGCCCCCCAGAGGCUACGCCAGUCUUCCCUUCAGGUGGUUCGAGUAUCUGAAGGAGAGCAAGUCAGUGGCCGCUCCGGUCAACCUCUUCAACAAGGAAGUCCCGAACCACGGUUUCCGUCCCGGGAUGAAGCUGGAGGCUGUGGACCUCAUGGAGCCGCGGCUCGUCUGCGUCGCCACGGUGACCAGGAUCGUCCACCGGCUGCUGCGGAUCCACUUCGACGGCUGGGAAGACGAGUACGACCAGUGGGUGGACUGCGAGUCCCCGGACCUGUACCCGGUGGGCUGGUGCCAGCUGACCGGGUACCAGCUGCAGCCACCGGCCGUUACCGCGGGGUCCAGAGAUCUGCAGUCUGCCGGAUCCAAACAGAGGAGGAAGUCCCAGCAGUACCGAGGACAGAAGAAAAAGAGGAAGUUACCCGUUGCUAAGCGCCCCGUCAGCCUGUCCGGCUCCAUGGUAACGGGAGUUCCCAGGAACCUAUCAGGAGACGAGAACGAGACGCCGCCUGACUACCCGUCGCCGCCGCCUCCGGCCUCAGCCGCCCAGCCGCCGUCCGCCGACCCCGACGUGGAGGUCGGGGCAGGUCUGCAGAUGGAGAUCCACAACAACACAGGAGGAACGAAUUCCUCAUUCCAGCGAGCGGCGCCGGAAACCAACGGGUCGUCCCGAGAUUUCCUGGCCAACAAAGAUCAGUAAACUUUGCAUCUUUACCAUCGUACCAUUUACUGUGAUGAACUAUUAACUGCCGCCUGCUUCACCUCAUUGGUUUCCUGCCACAAACCCGCCGACUUUUUAUUCUUCUGAACUGAAACGGCCUGAAAAAGAAGAAAAUUUAAGCUAAUUGACAUGAUGCAUUCGGGUGCUGUCAGGACAAUGCGGCUUUCAUGAAGUGUUUAACGUUUGGAAGUUUUCUCCUUAUUUAAAACUUUUUUUUGCCUUUGAUAUUUCUAACAGGAGAGGAAAUUUGAAGGGUAUCCUGGAAAUUACAUCUUACUUUCAAUAACUUAAAGUUUUGAUGAUUUACUUUUUGUUAGCUGAUAUUUCCCUAAUACUUUGAAGGUACUCACAGGAACUAGACUUUAAUAUGAGGUGACUUUUUAACCUGGUAGGAAGAGGACAGCUCAAUUAUAACAGGUACUCUGACUGAUGAGUUUCCAGUAGCCAUUAGCUCAUUUUGUAUUUGUCACCUCUAAGCUGUGAGGAGGUUUGAUGUAAGUUUUAGAAAAUAACCCCCUUAGUAACAGAAAGAUAAGCUCCACUUUUCAGAAAAGUACCACAAAAGUCUCGGAGACGUUGCACCUGCCUUACAGGAAGGUAACUUCAAAGUUACAGGAAGGUAACUUCAAAGUUACAGGUAGGUAACUUCAAAGUUACAGGAAGGUAACUUCAAAGUUACAGGAAGGUAACUUCAAAGUUACAGGAAGGUAACCACUAACAUUCAGAAGGUAACAUUUAAGUUACAGAGAAGUAGCCUUGAAGUUACAAAGUAACUUUUAAAUUAGAAGUAGGUAACCUCUAAGGUUCAAGAAGCUAACUUUUAAGUUAUCAGAGGGAAAGGUUUUAGUUACAUUAAUGUAACCUCUAAGGUGCUGAACGGUGGCCUCAAAGGUUCAAAAAGUAACUCGUAAGUUACAGGAAGAUACAAUUCAAGUUGUAGGAAGGUAACCUCUAUGUUGCAGAAAAGUAGCCUCUUAAAUUUGAAAAAAAGUAUCAUAUAAAAAGCAGAUAUAUUAACUACGGUUAGAAAAUAUUUAAUAAGUUUUAAAAGAUUCUUUAGUCUUUAAAUUUCUAAAACAAAAGUGAAAAUUAAAUUAAAUAUACAAAAAAUAGAAGAAAAUGUUGACGUAAAGCAAAUUUAUCUUUAAAGUUGGAUUUUGAACAACCUUAAAAAUAUCAAAAAUCUCCUGAAAUUCUUCGGAUACCUCAGAAACCAGAAUUUAAAUAAGCUGCAGAACAAAAGGUUUAAUUUGAUUAAACAGUUUUUAACAAAAAUAUAUUUGAUUUAAGAAGAAAUACUUUAUUCUAACGGUUUAACAAAUUGCCAUUUUAUUACCUCUUUGGUCUGUGUGGCGUCUAUGAUAUAAAACAACAUAAAUGUAAAGUUUGAUGUGUUUUUUAUGGUCAGUGAAGGAAGUUUCUCUGUUUUCAUUCAUGCAGAAGAUGAACUCAGAGUUCAAAAGUUGAAUUCUGCAUCUGUAACGUUUAACGUCGCAUUUUUUAGAAGAAAAUAAAUUUAUUGCAUUUCAAGAAGCUCUGAAGGUUUUAUAGACUGAAUUAAACAGAUUUUAUGAGACACUUAUUUUUACAUUCUAGUAAAAAAUGUCAGAAUUAGAGCCUAAAAUUUAAAUUAAAUGUAAAAAUGGAAGCCAGUUUCUCCAAAGGAAAACUUACAUUUCUUUUGGUCAGUAUUUUUUUAAUGUUUUUUUGUCAGAGAGAAAAAAAAAAGAAAUAAAAAAAAUGAAGGGAACUGGAUUUAUUCAUUAUUCUAGUUUACAUUUACUCAUUUUCAUUUAGUAAAUCCAAAUUUUAUGGAAGCUUUUAACUGCCAUAAUCUUGGAUAUAAGUUCAGCAGCGGUAUCUUCUUAAAAUGAGUUUUAUAUCUUGUUAUAACGGACAAAUUUUGCAUCUCUUUUAAUGAGAAACUCGUUUUUUUCAUUUUGUUACAAGAAGAAACAUUCUCAUUUUAACAAUUUGCUUUUCAUUUUCUCGUUAUUGCAAAGUUUAACAUUUUAACGAGAUAUAACAGACAAAUUACGACUUGAAAUAUUUUGUUUAUAAGUCAUUAUAACAAGAUUUUAAAAUUUUGCUUCUUCUAAAUUUAUUUCCAAGUUUUGGCAGUUAAACUGUUCCGUAAAAUUUCCAUUUUUAAAAGAAGUGAGUGACAUUUUUUAUAUUUUCUCAUAACGAAUGUCUGAAUCUCCUUUUCCUGGGAGAAAACGGCUUCCUCUCCUCUCAUCUCAUCGAUUGUCUGUCGGUAAACCCGGGCCCGGCUCCCAGUUUAACGUGAAGAACCGGAACCAGUGCCAACUGGUUUCUGUUGUGAGAAAACAAUCAUGUGUCCUGGUGCUUUAUGUGGAGGAUUUGAAGCUCUUUCUACGCCCUCAGCCUGUGUUUUUAUAAAUAUGUGGGAUUUUCUAAGAGCUGAACAUGUUGAAGGUCUUCCUCGUCAUUUUGGCGCCGGCGUGUCGGACUGAACCAGUUCCUCAUCGAACAGUUCGAUCCCACAGGAAAUGUAUCAGAAAGACCUCAGAGGCUCAGAGCUGGUUACACUGCAAAAACAAAAUCUUACCAGGUAGUUUGGUUUAGUUUCUACUGCAAAUAUCUCAGUACGCUUUAAAAGAGUCAAAACUAGAUAUAGGAUCGUGUUUUUAGUAAAUAAUUCAAUAAUAUUGAUUAAAAACUGCUAGUUUUACUAGUUAUAACAGAAUGUUAUAAGUGAAAUAAUCUGCCAGUGGAACUAGUAGUUUCUCUUCCACAUUAAUGAAUUACUGACUGAAAACAAGCUCCCAUAUCUUGGUGAAAAGUUGGUUAUAAGUUACUUUUCUCUUAUUUCAAGUGAAAUAAAAUAUUUGCACUAGAAACCAGACCAAAAACCCUGGAUAAUUUAUUUUGUUUCUGCAGUUCAGGUGAUAAAUCCAGAACAAUUUGGUCUAGUUUUGGACCGAUUUACUCGUGUUACCUAAAAAUGUUGAGUAUUUAUUUCAAACACAUGGAAAUCUUUCUGAUUUCAUUUAUUAAAAAUAUAAAAACUGCAGUCUGAACAGUAGAUGAGUCCGUUUACAGUACAGUUAAAAAGGUGAAGAGGUCAUGAGACGUUUCUCCUGUGGGACAUCCUGGUUCUCCUGCAGCCCUCUGAGGGUCGACCUCUGCUCUUUAUGCUGUUAAAUGUGAAAAUAAAAGCUGAAGAUCUUCAGAAAAGAAUCAUUUUUAGAAGAAUCUGUUGAUGUUUGUGGAUUGUUGUGAACUUUUCCUGAGUCCCCAUCAGUUCGAAGGUGUGAAGAUCUGGAUCAGCUUGCUGUAACUGUCUGACUUCAGUCGUGUGUUGAUGUUCUGAUGAAGGUUUUUAUACGUUGUGCAAUUUUUGGCAGCAUGAUUGUGAAAAAAUAUUUCAUCUAGAUGUGAAAUUAAUGACUUUAUGCAAUAAAAAGAAAAUCUCAAGA